AUGGAUCACCUUCCUCCCGUUCUAAAUCCUUUCGAACCACUUGAUAUUCCUUAUCUGGGUGGCACUGAGGUCGGGUACGAUGGGCUCGGGUACGAGGGAUAUCCCUCAAGGCAAGGCUGGGAUGUCGACCUUCUUAAACAUGGAGAUCUCCAAGGCCGUACGAUCUUGGAAGCCGCUCACUUCCUGCAAGACUGGCUGUACUUUGGGAUGCUCCGUGAGACCUUGAGGGCGGUACCCGACGAUCCACCUCUUGAACUUGAUGGCUUGCUCCGCGCCGAACAGACAACAAAGCAGACCCUCGUAACGACUGCUGAGCUUGCGGAUCUUCUACAAGAUUUGUAUCGGAGGCUGGAACAGCUUCCAAGUACCGACGAGUAUUAUCAGCGCUUCCGCAAUUGCAUGCUCCUGUCUUGUGGUGUGUGGCAAGACUUGAUGCAUUUGUGCGAGAAUGAGGGCGUCUCUGGACCGCAAAUUCUCAGUCAUGAGAUACUACUUUCUAUUCAAGUGCUGUAA